AUGACCGCCCAAUUAGUGGCAUCCGAGCUUGCCAACCUUAUCCAGGAAAGCAAGCGCAAAAACAAUGACUUGCGCCAGGCCGCUGAAAAGUCUCUGGAGGAGCUCAAAAGUCUAAAAGUGACAUCGGAAGCCCAAAUAUCUGCCGAACUCUCUCAACGCUCAAACUUUGUCAACCCCUUUAUCAUCGCCUGCGGUACCAAAAAUGUCAAGUUCACGGGCAUUGCCAUCGUUUGUCUCCAGCGCCUCAUUGCAUCACGCGCCUUGCCCAGGUUUAAACUGAGCCAAGUCCUUGAGGCAUUGCAACAGGCCACGUCAGCUGGAUUAGAUGUCCAACUCAAGAUCCUCCAAGCUCUUCCAUCUUUACUCUCCAACUACGCCGCCGAGGUCAAGGGCGAGCUUUUGGUCACCGCCCUCAAUAUCUGCUUCAUUUUGCAGUCUAGUAAAAAUGCCAUUGUCAACAAUGCCUCGGCGGCAACCCUCCAGCAGCUGGUAGUGUCAGUCUUUGACAAGGUGGUAGCUGAAGAUGGGGCUGGUGGCGAGGUUGAACACGUUGGGGAGGCUCCUACACAAGACGGGCCGGUACCAGUCCAGGCUGCGGCCAUGGAUGCAUACAGGGUCUUCAACGAUAUCUGCCUUCUGACAGAGAAUCAACGUCCUGAGUAUCUCCGAUUCUCCGGCAUGCCUCAGACGUUCGGUCUUGAGCUCAUAGAAUCAGUCUUGACCAACCAUGCUGCCAUCUUCACUACUCACCCAGAGCAGGCCGACAUUUUGCGCACUCGGGUUAUGCCCUUCAUCAUUAGUGCUCUUCGAGGUAAACCGAACUUUGCAACCAGUGUCCGUCUCGUCCGCAUUUUGUUCACUUUACUCCGGCGUCAUCUCACCGUUCUCCCUUCGGAGAGCGGAGAUGCCCUCGACAUCCUUACCCAGCUGUUGGAUCAGGACACUGCAUUGUGGAAGAGGUCUCUUUGUAUGGAGGUUUUCAGAGGCAUCUUCGCCGACCAUACUCUGCUUCGGCGCAUUUUCAUGCUUUACGAUGCCAAAGAGGGCGAGAAGAACAUUCUCAAAAACCUGACAGCCACCUUUGUGCGCGUCAGCACCGAGAGGCCUGCUGUGAUUGGUCUCGGGCUCCAGUCAACAUUACCAGUCGCUAACCCAUAUGCGAACGCUGUGGCUUCUACAGACCAGGCCAUGUUGGAGGCUAGUGGUGUUACAGGCAUCAUAUCCGGUUCAGUCAGCUCAGAUGGCCAUAACACGGGCAUCAGCACUCACUGGAGCACCAUGCGUUCUCCCUGCAUAGACCAGCUUGAUAAGACGGACCCCCCAAGCAUUCCAGAGUCAUAUGUGUAUAGCCUCACCUUGGCCUGCAUCACUUCCUUGUCAGAAGGUCUGGCAAAGUUCAUAUUGCCCCUUACCGUGCCUAGUGAGGGACGAAGGAAAAAGAGUGCCAAGCCAGAGGGCGGGCGAGACUCGCCUGCUCUAACUGCCGAUGAGAGACCCAGUACACCCAGUGAAAGCUUGAAAAAUCGGGAGCGAUCAACCUCUUUCAAGCGGAACCCGCUUCCAGUCAAUCCGUUGACGCUGGAGACUCACCCUUUGUAUCCAGAGAUCAAAGUCUGCGCCGCUUUCAUCGACGAAUGUUGGCCGGCAAUUCUUGCCACAUGUUCAACCUUCCUAUACUCUGCACUGGACUCAGAGUACUACCAUGGCCUGGUCAGGGCGUUUCAAAAAUUCGCCCAUGUGGCCGGAUUGCUCCAGCUGACUACUCCGCGCGAUGCCUUUCUGACCACGCUUGGUAAAGCGGCUGUACCGCCAAACGUCCUCACAGCUUGCCUCAAUUCUACUUCCUCCAGAAGGGACACUCCAGCAUCAGCAACUUCGGAGACGAGUAGCGGUCUGUUCAGCAACGCACGCGGCUUGCUUACCACUGAAAGUGCCUCGGCCCAGGCAGCUGAAAAACAAAAGGCAGCAUUCAAUAGACACUUCGUCUUGUUUACCUCGGGCAAAGCCGCAGGAAGAACACCGCUGGCGGCUAAGGGGCCGGAUCAACAAGCCGAACAGGAAGCCAUCGUACUUCUGUCGAACUUCAACACCGAGAUUCGAGCAGUAGAGACUGCUGCUUCCCGGCUUUUUGAGAGUACGGUUGACUUUCCCAAUCCUGCUUUCGUGGAAAUUGUAGAGGCAGUAUGCGCUCUUCUCGUCAAGCAUGUCGAUAGUCUUUCUGAGCCCACGGGGCAAGCGCAACCGACACCUCCCCCGGGUCCCCUUCGUACCCCCACUUUUACGCACAAGAGGGUCCUCAGUAUCACAACUUCUCCAGGGGCAGGUGCGAACCAAGAAGACCAGUUCGCUCUUGCCAAACUGGGAGAUCUCGCUUCCAUCAACAUGGAGCGAUUGCUCUCAUAUUCUCCAGAAGCAUCGGGCUGGACGCCGUUGAUUACCGAGCUGAUCAACACACUUAGUUCAUCCACUAAUACUUCACCAGUCAGAGCCCGCGCCGCUGAAACGCUUGUGCGUAUUCUCCUGGAGGCUGCUGGAUCUGUCGCAACUCAGCAAGAAGACAUUCGUGGCUCCAUUCAGAUUCGUAUUCUCGAAGCAUUCCACAACUCGCUAUCAUCCCUUCAGACCGAUGGUCGGGAGGUGUCCCUUAGCAACCACGCCACCGACAUGGACAUCCACCGAAUUGUACUCGAAGGCCUCAAAGGCUUGCUAGAGAACUGCGGCGAGAGUCUUGUUCAAGGAUGGGACACCAUCUUCGCCAUAAUCGAUACAAUCUUUGUCAAAGAAGACCUACUCCAAGAUGCCCCAUCUACCACAGCACCCCGACUCGUGACGCGCUCAGUCAAACUAAUCAGGCCCUCCUUUGCUUCUCUGCAGCUAAUAUGCUCAGACUUCUUACCCUCGCUACCCAACCUUUGCUUUCUCAAUCUUGUUGACACCUUAUACAAGUUUUGCACUCAAGAUGAUGACCUCAAUGUCGCAUUGACUACCGUCACAUUCUUCUGGGCCAUCUCGGACUUUCUUUCUGGCAAGAGCAAGGUCAUGUCUCUUACGCAGGACAUGGUCACUGACUCCGGUGAUGAAGCGCUCCUCAAAUUGGCUUCUGAUCCCUCCCAUCAAGACUCUGGCGGGGCGUUGUGGAUGCUUCUUCUAUUGAGACUCACCUCAGUUGCUACAGACCAGAGACUAGAGCUGAGAAACAGUGCUGUGCAAACUCUACUCCGGAUCAUUUCUGCAUAUGGAGAUAGUCUGAGCCCCGAGGCCUGGCUGAUCUGCAUCAGAUCUGUGAUCCUGAGGCUUCUUGCGUCGAUAGAGGACGAGCUUCGGGCAGUUCAUAAGUCUCCAGCUAAAGCGAACGACAGAGAGGGCUGGACCGAUACAGCCAACGUCGUUAUCCGGGGCGUUUCUGGCUUGUUUGCCUCAUACCUCCAAGUACUUCUAGGUCAUGAGGAUUUCGCUAUUACCUGGCAGCAGCUUCUAAGGCAUUUUGCGAAUAUGCUGGAUGUCCAGAUACUCGACAUCAACGCCUCAGUUUACAGUGCCGUCCGCGAAAUCCUCAGGAGCUGUGCUGAACACGUUAAGCCGCGACUUGAGAAGGCCAGUUUGGACUUGACAUGGGAUCUCUGGUCCAGAGGCAUUCCAGUUCCUGAAGAUGGAAAGGACGAUAAAUCAUCGGAUAACCAAAAGUGCCUGUUGGUCUGGGUUGAAGCAUUGCUGGAACUCUACGGCCUCAUCAAAGAUGAUUUUGGCGUGGAGAGGAUCCGACGGAUGCUCACCCUGCUCAGGGACGCCAUGCAACACGCCACCCCUGGAGCAUACGCCAGCGACACCGAGUAUGUCACGCCGUUGCAAGGUCGUAUCCUUCAGGUGUUCUGCACAGUUCAAACAGACGUACCAGGAGUUCCAUCCGCCAUGAUCACCCAGAUUGCCGAGUUCGUCUCCCUGGCAUUUGCCCAGGAGAACCCCGACAAACCGGCAUCAGAAAAGCGCACAUAUGUCGCCAUGUCCAAAGAGAGCAUGUCCAUCUUGCAGUCCCUGGUCAUCAAGCACGCCGCUGAGACCGACAUCUACGAAACCGGAGCGUUUGCCACGGCCCUCGCUGCUCUGGCCAAACCCAUCAUCCUCAAGUACAAAUUCAGGAUCGUCACCAAAUCAUCGCAGCCAUGGAGGGAGGCGACCAAGACAGUCCUCGCUGUGCUCGAGGCAACACUCCCGCACAUCCGCGCGAUAGAUAAGGCUCGAUCGACCGUCCAGGAGAUAUGGCAGAUCAUCGUAUCCAUUGCCAACGGGAUCAUCAGCGCCGACUGUUCCAUUGCGCCCACCGGCAUGGACAUCAUGGACGACCAGAAGUUCGACAUCUCUUCAUUCCACAAGCUGAGAGAGCUCAUUAUCCCGGCCCUCGGCGCUGAGGUUAUUCUUGAUAAGACAAGGAAAGCCUACGCCGAGGGUCUUUUCCGGACAUCCAUCAUCCACGCGCCCGCACCUGCCGAAGCUCUGAUCAUCUACGGCUCCGAGGACCAUGAUCACGAUCACGACAACGCCAACAGUACUGCCAACGGAAACGGAAAUGACACGGUAGUAGACCUCGACCUCCUCUACAAACAACGGCGCGGCCGCACCAUCGACCCCCCGCCUACUCAGCGCAGCGCCAUGGCAGAAGUUUGUCUCGACGAACUCUUUGCUCUGGUCGCCAUCCAAGAGGAAGAAGAGGAGGAAGAAAACACCAACACCAACACCCCCAAACCAGAUUCCGCAUCAGCAGACUCUCAAUCUCAAUCUCAAGACAAUACCACCAUAACUAAACCCGAAUCAACCCACCCCCUCCACGUGCACCUAGCCCUAACCGCCGCGCCCUACUUAAUCCUCCGCUGCGCCUUGUCAAUCAGGUCUUACGUCGCGGAUCAACCUCUCCGGGGCCGCAUGCUGCAGCCUCUUUCUCAGCGGAAAGAACUGUACCGGAUUUUGAGAGGAUUAGUAGAUUUAAGGUCGGAGCCAGACGCGAUCCCGGAUACGCCGAAUGUGGAUAGCGAGACCAAGAAGCAUCUGUUGAGACUUUAUCCGUUGCUGGUGAGCAUGGUUAAGGUUGCGGGGACGUGUGGGGAUGAUAGGGUGCUGAAAAUGGUGGGGGAGGCGUUGGAUGUUGUUGGCAGGGAGUUGGGGUGUAAGUGA